AUGGGUAAAAAACGCUCCCACUCCGAUUCCGUUGAUGAAUCUCCUGUGAAAAGAAGGAGAGAGAGCACGGAAACCCGGAGUACCAGCGAAGUCGGGUCCAGAACUCCCCGCAAAGAACAUCUGGAGGACCUGUACCUCCAGGGCCAUCUACUUGGACAGGGUGGCUUUGGGGCAGUUUUCGCCGGCAUUCGCAAGGCAGAUGGCUUCCCAGUGGCGAUCAAAUAUGCCAGAAAGUCUGAAAAGAAACUAGAACUGCCAGGACUUGACGGGCCCAUGCCAUUGGAGGUGGCGCUGAUGAAGCUUGUUAGCAAUACGUCAUCCUGUGCCAACGUGCUCAAGCUCAUCGACUGGUUUGAUGGACCACAGGAUUAUAUUAUGAUCCUGGAAAGACCGGACCCAUGCGAGGAUCUCUUUGACUUUUGCCAACGCAAAGGAGGGCUCCUGUCAGAAGGUGUUGCCAGGCACGUGCUGGUGCAGGUCCUCCGCGCCUUACGUCACUGCCGGGACUCAGGCGUCCUCCAUCGAGACCUGAAGUCAGAGAACCUCUUGAUCAGGACAGACACUCUGGAGGUCAAGCUCAUCGACUUUGGCUGUGGCGACAUCUGGACAGAUUCCCACUACACACAAUAUUCAGGCACAAAGAUCUUCGCUCCCCCAGAGUGGUUCCUGAGCAGAAAGUAUCUGGCUGGUCCCGCCACAGUCUGGUCUGUGGGGGUUACACUAUUUAGUCUAGUGUGCGGCUACCUACCCUUCCACAACCAGACGGCAAUCAUUUCAGGCCGCCUGAAAUUCCCCCCAUGGGUCUCUUCUGGCUGCUGCAAUCUAAUUCGCGGGUGCCUGAGACGCAAGGCGGCGAACCGGCGGAGCUUGGAGCAGAUUCAGCGGCAUUUUUGGCUGCAGCAGAAGUGA